CCUUCACCGGUGACUAUCGCCACUUGACGUGACGAAUUCAUUCAACUUUCGGCUGUCAGUUAGAAAACAUACGAGUUUUUUUGAAUAGACUAGACAUUCAACGGUCGUCGUUCAUUUCUACUGGCGUAAAUACGCUCCGCCCUGUCACAAUUCGACAAAUAUUUUUUUUAAUUCACCACGCUGGGUGUUUCAAUAUCAAAGGGAUUUCAGUCAUCAUCGCGAAAAAUGACAUCGUUUGACAGAUUAGGACAAUUUCCACAUGGGUCGUCGGUGCCAAUAUCUCCAGCCAUGGUCAGUGGAUUGGAUCAUCUCAGAGACGGUCGAUUAAAUAAAGGAUUAGCAUUCACAAUAGAGGAAAGGCAGUCCUUAGGAAUUCUUGGGCUAUUACCACCAUGUGUCAAAACUCAAGAUGAACAAGUUGAACAAGCUUUAGCAAAUAUUGCACGUUAUUCAGACGAUUUAAACAAAUAUAUUUAUUUAAUGGGUUUACAAGAAAGAAAUGAAAAGCUUUUCUAUAGAUUAAUGGCUGAAAAUGUUGAAGCUUUUAUGCCUUUAGUAUAUACCCCUACCGUUGGAUUAGCUUGUCAAAAAUAUGGUCUAAUUUUUCAAAAACCUAGAGGACUGUUUAUAUCAAUCCAUGAUGCCGGUCACGUUUAUGACGUACUCAAAAACUGGCCUGAACAAGAUGUUCGAGCUAUAGUUGUAACUGAUGGCGAACGUAUUCUUGGUCUUGGUGAUCUUGGGGUAAAUGGAAUGGGCAUCCCAGUUGGAAAAUUAGCUUUGUAUACAGCACUCGCUGGUAUCAAACCACACCAAUGUCUGCCCGUAACUCUAGAUUGUGGCACCAAUACUCAAACUCUUUUGAAUGAUCCUCAUUACAUUGGCAGUAAACAGAAACGCGUAACAGGCAAAGAUUAUGAUGAUUUUAUUGAUGAAUUUAUGCAAGCUGCUGUGAAACGUUAUGGUCAAAAUUGUCUUAUUCAAUUUGAAGAUUUUGCGAAUUCCAAUGCUUUCCGUUUCUUAGACAAAUAUCGUAAAAGUUAUUGUACGUUCAACGAUGAUAUUCAGGGUACAGCAUCGGUGGCAUUGGCUGGGCUAUUUGCGUCAUUGAGAAUAACAAGAACUCGAUUAUCCGAUAAUGUGAUAUUAUUUCAAGGCGCUGGUGAGGCUGCACUUGGAAUUGCUGAAUUGUGUGUAAUGGCUAUGCUUAAAGAAGGUACGACAUUGGAAGAAGCUCGUUCUAAAAUCUGGCUUUUUGACUCUAAAGGUUUAGUUGUUAAAGACCGACCAGAAGGCGGUGUAACUGGUCAUAAAAUUGAAUAUGCUAAAAACGUAUCACCAAUAAAAGUAUUAUCUGAAGCAAUCAGGAAAGUAAAACCUACAGUACUCAUUGGUGCUGCUGCCAUUGGGGGAGUAUUCAAUAAAGAAAUUAUUCAAGAAAUUUCUUCUUAUAAUUCUCACCCAGUAAUUUUCGCUCUAAGUAACCCAACUAGCAAAGCUGAAUGCACAGCAGAACAAGCUUACACAUAUUCUAAUGGAAAAGCCGUUUUUGCUAGUGGUUCACCUUUCAAUCCUGUAACUUACAAAUCCAAAACAUAUUAUCCUGGUCAAGGUAAUAAUUCAUACAUUUUCCCAGGUGUAGCACUAGGAGUAAUUUGUGCUGGAGUAAGAACAAUUACAGAUGAAGUUUUUAUAAUUGCUGCUCAAACAUUAGCUGCUCUAGUAACUGAAGAAGACUUAGACAAUGGCAGUUUAUAUCCUCCACUUCAAUCAAUUAAGGAAUGUUCUUUGAAAAUUGCUGUAAAAGUAAUGGAAUACGCUUAUGCAACCGGUGUUGCUAGUACUUAUCCAGAACCAGAAGAUAAAAUCGAAUUCAUCAAAUCACAGCUAUAUAAUUAUAAUUACAGCUCAUCUAUACCACCAAUUUACUCUUACCCAUCUCAUUUAUAAUUAGCUUUGUUUAAACUCUUAUACAGCUCUGAACAUACAAAAAUAUAAUUUCAAUAUUCACAACAGUAUAUAAUUCGUUUUAUUUUAGCGGUUAAAAAUAUUUGUAUUGCGUUAAUUAUUAUAUGCAUUUAAAAUGUCUCAUUAUUUUGUUAUAAUUUUAUUUUUAAUUGAUGAGGGUGAAAAAUAAUUUUAAUUAACUAGCCUGAAAUUAAUCUAAUAAAUGU